AUGUGGACUGAAGUCGGGAAGCUUAUUCUCGUGCAUUUGUUUCUCGCUGAGAUCCAUUGCGCUAAAGGCACCCACGUGGAAUCGGAGUGUGAGACAGGGCAGUUUCAGUGCAGCAACGGACGCUGCAUCCCGACUCUGUGGAGAUGUGAUGAUGACGACGACUGCUCGGACAAUAGUGACGAAGAAAACUGUCGUAAAGCCAGCCAACCAUACUCCAGUUUCAUCCUCCACGUAUCCCACAUCUGCUCCUGGAUGUCUGGGGACCUGCCGCCGUGGCUGCCCUGA